AUGGAGCUUUCAGGUGAGAAGCACGACGAUGUCUAUUCGACGCGUGAUGCAGUCGAGGAUAUCUGGGGACCUCGUACUGGCUAUAAGCCUGGCGAGAAAUGGCCUACUCGUGUCGAUGAGCACUGCAUAGAGAAGCCGGAAAAAUGGAUUCAGAGUGCAUGUGUGAUGUGCAGCAACGGUUGCGGAAUGGAUAUCGCGGUCAGCAAUUCCAAGAUCGUCGGCGUUCGUGGUAGGGAGGUCGACAGAAUCAAUCACGGGAGACUGGGUCCUAAAGGUCUGUAUGCGUGGAAAUCGUUACAAUCCAAGGAUCGUUUACAGUAUCCCAUGAUCCGUCGAAAUGGAAAAUUAGAGCGUGCUACCUGGGACGAAGCUAUGAACCUAAUCGUGGAAAAGAGCAAGGAGAUCCGCGAACGACUAACUGCUCAUGCUAUUGGCUUCUACACAAGUGGCCAACUCUUUCUUGAGGAGUAUUACGCUUUGGCUAUGGUGUGUAAGGCUGGCCUUAACACGCUACACGAGGACGGAAAUACACGGCUUUGCACGGCCACAGCAGCAGCAUCAAUGAGGGAGAACUUUGGCUCGGACGGCCAGCCUGGAAGCUACACAGACAUUGACCAUACAGCCUGCAUCAUGCUUGUUGGCCACAAUAUGGCUGCGACGCAGACCGUUCUCUGGUCUCGAAUUUUAGACCGCCUUGCCGGGCCUGAUCCUCCUCAGCUUAUUGUCAUUGAUCCACGCAAGUCAAAUUCCGCAAAGAAGGCUACUCUACAUCUUGCGCCUAAAAUAGGUACCAACUGUGCACUUUUGAAUGGCAUUGAAUAUCUUAUCUUCAAGAAAGGCUAUGUCAACGAACCCUUCGUUAGCAAGAGUGUCUGCAACUUGGACAAGCUCUGGGACACUGUUCAGGAGUACCCCCCUGAUGUCGUUUCCAAGAUUACAGGUGUCUCGGAAGCUGACAUCGAAAAAGCUGCCGAUAUUCUUGGCAGAUCGUCUUCGCUGCUUUCGACAGCUUUGCAGGGUGUCUAUCAGUCCAACCAAGCUACUGCUUCUGCCUGCCAGAUCAAUAACAUCAACCUGUUGUUGGGACAGAUAGGCAAACCUGGUUCUGGUAUCUACCAGAUGAAUGGGCAACCGACCGCGCAAAAUAACCGUGAAGCUGGAUGCAAUGGGGAGUACCCCGGCUUCCGAAACCACCAAAAUCCCAGGCACAUGCAAGAACUUGCUGAUCUAUGGAACAUUGACAUGGCUAGAGUCCCUCACUGGGCAGAACCGACACACAUCGAGAAUAUGCUCACUUUUAUCGACGGAGGUUCGAUGGAAAUGUUCUGGAUCUCUGGUACGAAUCCUCUAGUCUCCCUACCAAAUCUGGCCAAGGCACGGAGUACACUGACAGACCCGAAUCUCUUCGUGGUCGUUCAAGACAUCUUUCCUACCGAAACCACGGCUAUCGCGGAUGUGGUACUGCCGGCGGCCGCCUGGGGUGAGAAGACAGGCUGCUUUACGAACGUUGAUCGUACCGUGCACAUAUCACACAAGGCGGUCGAGCCACCAGGCGAGGCGAAGGCGGAUAUCGAGAUAUUCAUCGACUAUGCUAAGCGCAUGGGAUUCAAAGAUAAAGAUGGUAAGCCACUGCUCAAGUACAGCAAUUCCAACGAAGCAUUUGAGGGCUGGAAAGCACUUUCCAAAGGCAGACCUUGUGAUUAUUCUGGUCUGUCUUACGAAAAACUAUCAGAAGGCUCCGGCUUACAGUGGCCUUGUAACAAAGAACAUCCCAAUGGCUGCGAAAGAUUGUUCUCGAAUGGUGUAUUCUAUACAGACAUUGAGUACUGCGAAAGCUAUGGUCAUGACUUGGAGACCGGAGCCCCAUUGUCGAGAUCAGAAUAUGAAUCGCUCAAUCCUGCUGGAAGAGCAAUUCUCAAGCCUUGUCACUAUUUGGCCGAGCUGGAGGCUGUCGACGAUGAAUACCCAUUCCACAUCUCCACGGGCAGAAGGGCACGUCACUUCCACACCAGGACGAAGACUGGCAGGACCAAAGAGCUUCAACAAAGAGAUCCCGAGCCUUACAUUCAGAUCAACGAACGUGAUGCAGAAAAGCUGGGCAUUAAAGAAGGCGACAUGGUCCUGGCGGAAAGUCGAAGAGGUAAAAUUGAAGCCGUAGCAAGAGUCGGGGACAUAUCAGAAGGACAGACAUUCAUACCAUUCCACUACGGCUACUUUGACAACCAUUCAGGUCGAGCAACGGCAGCAAACGAGAUUACCCAAGAGCAGUGGGAUCCCGUUUCCAAACAGCCCAUGUUCAAAUCUGGAGCCGUCAAGCUCAAGAAAGUGUCGCAGGACAAAAACACAAACGGUGAGGUCAAGGUACACGCCCGAGAGCCACAAAGCGAUAUCGUCAAGAAGGUCGAAACAGAGAAGAAGACGCAGGGUGACAAUACGAAAGUGGAAAGAAUGCUGGAAUACUGGUUGGGUGCCACAUAUGGCGCUUUAGUCACAGCAAUCGAUAUCUGCGACCACGUCAUUCCACGAAUCGAGGGAGCAGACUUUGAGAUUGGAACGGGCAUGAGGAUCAUGCAGCGUAUUGCUACCAGCUGUACCGAACGCUUAGACCCUAUCCUGGAAAGGUACGAGACCGAGAAGACAUUAGGCCAAGAAAUGGCUAAAAUGUUGCAACAUCGGUUGUUUCCCGAGGAUCUUGUCACUGCAGUCGAAGCUCCGGCCUAUGAGAUCUUGCUCACUAUACAAUCUUUCUUUGUCUACUUGAGCCACAUUGAGAGUCGUCUGCACGCACUUCGGCCGACGGCAGGAGCGGCUUGGGAUCAGGAGUUUGUCGAGACAGUGGACUUUGUGACGGAGCAAGUCAAUAGGAUGCAGGCUUGGGCGAAGCAGCAGUUGGGUUCGAGAAGCACACAGGUGCUGUUGGUGCCGAAUAAGCAUGCUGUAGGGUUGAAGGAGCGUGUAGAAAGUCGUGCAAAGCUGGGUAUGAGAGAUUCGUCACAUCCAGAUCAUUGA